AGUCGCGACUGAGCCGCGACCCUUGACACACAAGCGCGCCGCGCGUCUCUCGCCUCGCGACCGCAACCGGCAUCAUCACGCACGGAGCGCUAGUCUACGGCGGGGUCGGCGGCCCGGGGCUUUGCCCUCCGAGAGGCCCCGACCUCCCGCCUCUCGAACUCGGCUUCCGCGGUAGUUGGCGUGAGGACGAACUUCUGCCCUCGACACCCGCGAGCCAGGCCGCUUCCACCCAAAGCGGAUCAUCGGCGACUGAUAAAGGGCAGAACGUGGAGUGCGUCGUCUGCGGGGACAAGUCAUCGGGCAAGCACUACGGCCAGUUCACUUGUGAGGGUUGCAAAUCAUUUUUCAAGAGAUCAGUCAGAAGAAACCUGACGUACUCCUGCAGAGGGAAUAGAAAUUGUCCAAUCGAUCAGCACCACAGAAACCAGUGCCAGUACUGCAGACUGAGAAAAUGUCUCAAAAUGGGCAUGAGGAGAGAAGCUGUACAAAGAGGGCGAGUCCCGCCAACGCAGCCUUCGGGUCUGGCAUUACCAGGCCAGUUUUCCCUUGCAAAUGGCGACCCGGCAGCCGGCUUAAACAGCCAUCCCUAUCUCUCCUCCUACAUAUCACUCCUACUCCGGGCCGAGCCUUAUCCAACCUCGCGAUACGGACAAUGCGUCCAACCCACCAACGUCAUGGGUAUCGACAACAUCUGCGAGUUAGCAGCGAGGUUACUGUUCUCAGCAGUCGAGUGGGCGCGAAACAUCCCCUUUUUCCCCGACCUACAGGUCACCGACCAGGUGGCAUUAUUACGGCUCGUCUGGUCGGAGCUGUUCGUCUUAAACGCGUCCCAGUGCUCAAUGCCCCUUCACGUUGCUCCAUUACUAGCGGCCGCUGGUCUGCACGCCUCACCCAUGGCGGCGGACCGCGUCGUGGCUUUCAUGGACCACAUACGUAUCUUCCAAGAGCAAGUGGAGAAGCUGAAAGCGCUCCACGUCGACUCGGCGGAGUACUCCUGUCUGAAAGCGAUCGUCCUCUUCACGACAGACGCCUGCGGCCUGUCAGACGUUCCACAUAUAGAGAGCUUACAAGAGAAAUCACAAUGCGCGUUAGAAGAAUACUGCAGAAGUCAAUAUCCAAACCAACCUACGAGGUUUGGAAAGCUACUCCUCCGACUACCUUCCUUGCGGACAGUCAGCUCACAAGUUAUAGAACAAUUGUUCUUUGUACGUCUGGUGGGAAAGACUCCUAUCGAGACCCUUAUUAGAGAUAUGCUGCUAUCCGGGAGCUCCUUUUCGUGGCCGUAUAUGGCGACUAUGUGACAUACGAUGUGGAGACAGCUAGCGGCGGCCUGAUCCACGCCUUACGGCUUUCCGCCGUAUCUGCCGAGCCAGCGGUUCGAUCCGUUCCAGAGAUACCAACGUGAGGCGCCAGAAGAUGCCGUGACGUCAUCCAGCGAGUUCCACGAGGCAACGGAGCCGACUUCUUCAGAAGAGUUCUACGGCAGGAGCAGAGAAAGCGAGAGAUCCGACCCUUGCCCCACUUUUGAUCCGAUAUCGGCGUUCUACGCGCCUAAAACUUCCGAACCGGACACUUUUGACGCAACUACAACGAUUUCGGACUCUAAAAGUAGCCAAAAGACUUCCAUGAUGAUUGACAACCUUUUAAAUCUCAGGAGCCAAGACUCCUGUUCGUUGCCGGACAUUAAAUGAACUUUAAAGUUCAACCAGUGGGUCAGUAGUGUUUAUUAGUUCAUUUCGUUCCUUUGUAAAAAUAAUUAGGUUAGUAAUAAUAUUUAAUAAUGUAAAUAAAAUGUUUUAUUAUUGUAAAUGUACCUAAUGUAUAAUAAUUGUGAUAAGGUACAAGAGCUGUUUUCUAUAAUAUGACGAUCGAUUCAUGCGGCGGAAUGUCCGUUAAAUCUGGAAUUGAUUUUCGUUUCUGAAAACUUUUGAUACGACUCCCUGUUUAGUGGCGCUAUUUUAGAAUGUAUUAGAAAUUUAUAAAAAACCUAUUUGAUUGGCGGAAUGCAAUAAUACACGCCAGUCGUGCAAUCUUGGUGUGUAGUUAUAUAUAUUUGUAGACACAAUGGUGAUUUUAGGGGGUUUUAAAAACGUUUUGUUUAAAACGUCGAUGAAACUGGCUAGAAAACGAAAUACUUUUAAAAAGCGUGUAGUAUGUAUUAAUCAGGCACAGUAGAGCAAUUUUUUUUUCAUAAAAUUGUUAAAGUGCAUUAAUUUGUCAUUGGUGUAAUGGUUAUGAAAAUGUCAUAAACCAAGAAAAAAAGUACGUACAAAAUAAUUGUCGAUAUUUUCAUCUGCGAUCGCAACUCAGUGCUCAUUUUGUUGUGCGUUACAUAAUUUAAUUACAAAAUAAUUAAUUCAAAUUUCAGAAAAUAAACUUUUGGAUUUAAUGUACCUCUUCUUAAUAUAUCUUAUAAAAAAAAAGAAACGCUAGUGAUGUAAAUUCAUACUGGACGUGUUCCCUUUUAGUCCAUAGUCAAGUCAAUUUAAAUGUUUUUGGACUGGUGCUCUGUAAUUUUGAAAAAAAUAUUAUUUUUUUCGUAGUAUAACCUGUACAAAUUAUAUGAUUCCGUACAAGCAUUUAGUCUUUUUCGAUUGUUUAGAUACUUUUAUAUUUUUUUAUUGAUGUAAUGCUACAAAAAUUAAAUUGAAAUAUUUUAAAAUAAAAAUAAAAUUUAUUUUGUCUUUUUAUGUGUGUUGUGUAUUAGAUUAAUUUCGAGAAGAAGACAUGACAUAUUGUUUGCAAAAGAAUCUAUUUAUGAUUUUAUUGUACUAUAUUUGUUGGUGGUUACUAAAAUAAAAAUCAUUCUUUGACUUUUGAAAUAAUAAUGUUAAAAGGGUUUUUUUUCUUCAUUUUAACUACUGAUAGUAUUCGAAAUUCAAAUGCAAAUCAUUUAAAAAUGUAUAAUAAUUUGUGUGCACCAGUACUGCAAUAAGUUUUACAUUGUUUCUAGUUAUUGCUGCAAAUCUUGCAUAAUCUCCAACUAUAAAAAGCAUAUCCUAUUUUUUACCCCUAUAUUUAUUUCUACUAUUGAUUUUACACAUAACAAGAUAAUAUUAACUUAAGUAGAUAAUAAUAACAUAAAAAUGGAUUUAUAAGCUUAAGCACUUUUCAGUAACCACCAAAAAUAUUCUCAAAUAUUAUUGUUUUUCCAAUGUAAUGUCACGCAAGUGAAGUUUUCCUGCCAAAUCUACAAAAACUACAUGUAAAAGAAAAGCAAUGUAUUUAUUUGCAAUAAUUGUACAGUGAUGGGUGUAAUUAUAGAGUGGGUGUGUAUGGGACUGAACGCAGUUGUAUGAUAACGCGUAAAGUUGAAGAAUAAAAAAGUCUUUAUG